GCCCUCAUCGACAUCCCGUUCGACGACCACAUCGCCGAGGGGCCGCGUGCGAAGGCGAAGCGCGUGCUGGGCAACUCGCGGUGCACCAAGUUCCCGUUCGUGGCCUCGCCGCGCCGGCUGGACUAUAACAUUGGGGCCUUGGCCGAGCUGGUGGACGCGGCUGGUGCUAGCGCCCAGCGCGUGCGGAAUUCAUGGUCUGCAGUAGUGAAUAUGAGGAAGCCAACGGUGCCUUUGAGACUGGCCCCGCAGUUGGCGAAGAAGAAGGUGUACGAGCUCAACGCUCACAGCCAUUUCCAACCUCAAGGCCUUGGUCGAGAGCCUGACGGCCCAGGUGACUUCGACGAGCUCGGGGGCCCUGGCGGAGGCGGCCCUGGAGACAUGAUCGCGGCCGCGCACGUCGCAGGCCCUGAUGGGAUCGAGCGCUACACCGACCUAUCCGACUCACAGAAGUUGAUGGCGGAGUUUGUGCGCGGCACGGUGCAGGUGCAUGAUUACGUGGCGGUGCCAAGUGGGCCAGACGACGAUCUACCGUUCUCGGUGUACCAGGCCCUUGCCAAGCAAGCCAGGGGCGUCGUCGUGGAGACGUCGGGCACUCCGCCGACUGAUGGUGCGACAUGGCUCUUCCACCCGGUGGACGUCUUCGUCGACCUGAGUUGGGAAGCAGGCAGCGUGCCUGAGAGGCUCGGCGUGUUCCAGGUGUCGUCGGUUUCGACGUAUGCCAGCAUGUUCACAGUUUUCGGAGACGACGCUUCAAAGAGGAGCGGCAUCUUCACGUUCAGUGUCGUCGAGCCUGCGAUCGAUGGCUGCGUCGGCCUUGGGAGCAGGACUAGCAUGUCCGAGCCCGACGUGCCCGCGCUGUGCUUGUUGGAUGAGCUGUCCGCGAACAGGUUCAGGGCUGUCGACGGCCUCUGCGCGCACUCGCGCGCGUCGCCGCUGGUCUACGACAGCCGCGGGGUCACGUCCAAGAGGUUUUACCUCCAGUGCGUUUUAGCGAGGGCCUCCAUCUUCAAGACGGGCCAGAAGCGCUUCAGGAGCGACCUGGUCCAGGCAUACUACAAGUGGCUCUUGCGGGCGCGGGGGGCGAUCCCAGGGCAGGCUGGCGCCCAGGAGUGCCAGACGAGACUUUCGGAUAUCGAGGCGGCUGGCGACGAGCAUCGUGCCGAUCCUGUGCUGCUAGCGUUGCCCGCGGCACCUCCUCCCGUCGGCGACGGGCACGCCGUGGUCAACGCCCGCGGCGACGAUGGAAACGAGGAGCCAGUGCCAGCCCCGCCAGAGCCCAUUGCGGAUGCACGGCGGGCGCCAGUCGAGGGGGAUGGAGUCGACGGGGAGUUCGAGGUUCCCGACUUCGUCUUGGGCCGGCCGAUCUCCUUGGAGAUCCGCUGGCGCGGUGGCAGGGGCUUGCGGGUGCAAUGCCCGAGGCGCGCGGCCUGUUCUAAGCACAGGUCCUUGGCCCUCGGCACGGCCCAGCUCGGGCCCAGCGCCGCGAAGGACUACCUGUCCACGCGGCUGUCGGCCGCGGACCGCAUGGACGUCGCAGAGCACCGCUCGUAUAA